AUGUUCUUCUUCUUCGAGUUGAGUCUAUACUUGGUCUCGACUGUCGCUCCAUCCUGCUCUCCCACGGGUCUCAUCAUUCCAGCCUGCAAGAGAACACCCAGGGCAACCAACACCUUGAGCGGUCUUCUCUUCCCACAAGCAACUCACGCCACCCAAGAGCCCCCACGUGCGAAUCUGAUCCUUCUUUCAGCCGUGUCCAAGACACUGUUGCCGCCCGUCGACGUCACCCAGUACAUCCUUGUGGCAGUCACCCACCUUGCCUGCCGCGGCGACAGACGCAAGUUGGCAGAGCUCUUUUCUGUCAUUCUGCAUACAUCCGCCUGCAGACUACUACCUCCGGCUUGCAAGUACUGGAGUGAUAGCAUAUCGUUGCUGUUCAAGCGCAUUCCAUCGCCUUUGGACGCCGUGAUCUCACGGACGAAGUUCGGCAAGCAAAUUCAGAAGCGUCAGCUUGAGGUCCCAGAGUAUGCCGCAAGUUUCGUCAACUACAAGGCUCUCAAGAAGGCUGCUCUUCAGGCCAACAAGGCCACCUUCUUCUUCCAACUGGAACGAGAGCUCGAAAAGGUCAAUGCCUUCUAUUUGCAAAAGGAGGCCGAGCUCAAGGUCCGCUUGAAGACUCUUCUCGACAAGAAAAAGGUGUUGCAGUCGCGUAAUGGCGUUUCCAGACGAUCAGCCAAGUUCACCACGCUCGAAGAGGGCUUCCAACAGUUCGCUAGUGACCUGAACAAGCUCCAGCAGUUUGUUGAGAUCAACGGUACCGCCUUCUCCAAAAUCCUCAAAAAGUGGGACAAGACAUCGAAGUCCAAAACCAAGGAACUCUACCUCUCCAGGGCGGUGGAAGUUCAGCCCUUCUUCAAUGCCACCGUCAUUAGCGAGCUCUCCGACCAGGCGACGACCAGCCUACAAGAGCUCGGAGCUUGGGCCGAGGGAGACCAUGUCACCUUUGAACCCCGAAAUGACCACAUCGUGAGCAGUCAACAUCUGCUUGGGACCGACGAGGGCGAUGCCGACACGCUGCUGCUUGAUACCGUAAUCUCCGGGAACCUGGAGGCGUUGAGAGAUCUGCUCGUUCGGAUGCGGUCUGCGGCGGCUGCAAUCCAUGAAGCACCGAAGGAAACCCUGCAGGUUCUACUUGAAACGGGCUUGGUUGACAUUCAGUCGGAAGAUGACAUCAACGAGAGGAAUUGCCUACACCAAGCUGCCAUCUACGGAAACAAUUUCGUUCUCGAGUAUGGCAUCACUAAAGGCGUUGCCGUCGACCGUACCGACGUGUAUGGCAGGGUCCCUUUGCAUUACGCCAGCAUGCAUGGCCGCUUGGACAUGCUCGAUGCUCUCUCCACUGCGAAUGCCCAAACGAUUGAUCUGAUCGACCACGACAACUUUACGCCGCUUGUACACUCGAUAAUCCACGGACAUCUGCAGUGUGUUGAACGACUUCUGGUGAAGUCCGCCCGCAUCGACCCAGUGUCCGACGCAGACCAUGUACCACUUAAUCUUGCAUGCGAGCACGGUUCGCUGGCAAUCGUGGAAUUGCUGCUCAAGCAUGGGGCACAGAUCCUCCCCGACGCCGAAGGACUCUAUCCCCAACAUCUUGUUGCUCGGUCCGGGCAACGGCCAGAGCUCUUGCUUUUGCUGAAGAACUACGGCGCAAACCUCGAUCAGAUUGACAAGCUAUAUGGAUGGACACCGCUGGUUCAUGCUGCGAGCGAAGGCAACGUGCCGUGCCUACAUGCUCUCUUGGAAGUUGGAGCCGAUCCAAACAUCGUCGACGAAAAAGACCUGCCGGCAAUGUACUACGCAGCCUGGGAAGGCCAUUUGGAGUGUAUGAAGCUACUGACUCCCUACAACGCGAGGACAAAACCAAGCCCGAUGGUUACACAUUCCGGAAGUUUAGUUCCAAUGCUGACGAGCAGUGGACCUGAGCCGAUGGCCCUCGAUCCCGACGCCAUCCCCGAACUUGAGCUCCCACCGCCCAUAAUACCGCUGCGCCGCUACGGACAUAACUUCCUGGACACAAAGACUGUCAUUCAAAUUAGCUUCGAAGAGAACGGGGACCAGCCGCUGGUGUUCUUCCACGAUGGCAAAUAUCCCGCUGCACGCCUCACCAUCUCGUCCAAGGUUUCUGAUCUCAUUCCCAAGAACAUCAUGCUGCCUUUCCAAGAAGAUACCCGGCUCGUUUCCUUUCAAAUUGAUAACCUCGAGUCCUUUACCCUGGACUUCGACGUCUUUCCGACCUAUGGCGCGAAGAUCAUUGCCAAGACGGUGGCACUCCCGAAUACGUUCAAGGCGCUGCUCAGCAGCUCCGGAAAAUGCUGUCUGCCUUUGUUCGACCCCAGACUGCGCGCAAUCGGUCAGAUCAGCUUCCACACGCAGGUCAUUAAACCCUUCAAUGGAAAGCCGCUGGAGAUCACCGAUUUCGAGACGUAUUGGAAGGCAACAAGUCAGUUUGACCGCAGCCCAAGCACAUUUGUGACGGGCUCGAGUCUGUCUGGAGACUUUGUUCGGUUGUUUGUCCAGCACACCAGCGAUGGGGUACCAGUCUUGUGGCCUAGGUGGACAAUCCCAUGCGGCGGAAUAGAUUUGCCAAUCUCGAGGUUAACGAUGGAGCAAUUCAACACCAUCACGUCUAAAAGCCCAAGCCGAGACGAGCUGUCCUCGCUGCCGUCGAAGCCACUGGACGCGAUCGCUGAUGUCCAUCGUGUUCUGGCCACGGCAGGCAUUCCUCUCAACGAGGCAUUGGCUUUGCUUCCCCACGGAAUGCAUGUCAAUAUCCAGGUCCUCUACCCAACGCCGGAAGAGGAGCGGACCCAGGGCCUUGGGCCGUCGCAGGAUCUCAACACAUUCGUCGACUCCUUGCUUACGAUUGUGUUCGAUCAUGCGCGCGCCCAAAGAGCCCAGUCCCUCGAGUCGGUCCGGUCUGUUGUCUUCAGCUCAUACAACCCAAGUCUCUGUACGGCACUCAACUGGAAGCAACCAAACUUCCCAGUUUUCUUGUGUAACGAUCUUGGCCGGGAAGACUCAAUGUCUCCACCAGACAUUAUUCAGAGCCAUGGACGCAGGUCUGCGUCGAUCAAGGAGGUUGUCAGGAUUGCGCAGAGCAAUAACUUCAUGGGUUUGAUUUGCUGCUCAAGACUAUUGGAAAUGGUCCCUGCUUUGGUUGAUGCCAUCAAGUCACAUGGACUGGCGCUCGUCACGGACAAGUCGCUGGACCCUUCAAAUAACAACAUCCUCUCUGACCCAUUCCCGAGGUUGCCUAAGGGGGUGGACGGUGUGCUGAAAAGUCAUGGUGUUUUGCGCUUCAAUGAGUCCAUCGACGUGUAA